GUGCAUCGAUUGUGUGUCAAGCAAAUGUUUCCUGUUGUCGGCAGUGACAACAGAGAAAGCAGUUUCCAGACGCUUAUCGGAGAGAAAACUGAGAAAUAUCCCUGACCAGCUCGAUCUUAGUGAGAGAUUGACAAGGGACGGUGGUAAAAAUGGAUGGAGAAGAAAAAACCUAUGGUGGAUGUGAAGGGCCAGAUGCCAUGUAUGUGAAGUUGAUCUCCUCUGAUGGCCAUGAGUUUAUCGUGAAGAGAGAACACGCUCUGACGUCUGGAACAAUCAAAGCUAUGCUUAGUGGUCCUGGCCAGUUUGCUGAGAAUGAAACAAAUGAGGUCAACUUUCGAGAGAUCCCAUCUCACGUUCUUUCUAAAGUGUGCAUGUACUUUACAUAUAAAGUCCGCUAUACUAAUAGUUCAACAGAAAUCCCAGAAUUUCCCAUUGCCCCAGAGAUAGCACUGGAGCUUCUGAUGGCUGCGAACUUCUUAGAUUGUUAAACAUGAAAAAGAAACACUCAUAUACACGUCUGUAAUGCAGAAUAAAUAUGAAAAGCAAAAUA